UAAGCUUAAAACUGGUAUCGAGCCAUCAUUUAUGUAGGCAAGUACCAAUUGAGUAAAAUUAUCGGUGUGAUAUAUUAUUUUUUACAGUUUCUUAAGUCAUUCAAGAAUCAUAACAAUAUUUAUUGACUGGAAUAGUUAAUUAAUAAAAAUAAUGUCUCAAGGAAAAAAAUACGAAGUCCUAUAAGUGAAAAUAUGCUCGGUCAUGUAAACGGUUAAGAUUUAUCUAAUAUUUAUCGCAUAUUAUAAGAGUAUCAAUGUCUCAAAGAAAAUUUUUCAAAUAUAAUACUUAUUUUUAAAAGCCAAAAUAUCCUUGGUUAUGUAAAAAUGUUAGAUUUAUCUAAUAAAUAUUGAUCAUUUAUUACAGUAACAUUAAGUUAAGGACUGUCGUUUUACCGAUUUCCACGUACUGAAAAGGAGAUGUUAAAAUAAAUUUUACCGUAUGUAUAAAGCGAGUGUGCGACUUAUCAUGCCAGUUAUAAUGAUGUGUUUCUCGCGAAUCCAUCAGUCUGUUAGCAGCAGCCGACCACAGUAACGUUUGUCAGCUUAAAUAAAAAUGGCGGCCGAUAAAGUGUUUCACCCCCGUUCGGAGGGUAUACCCUCGGAAGGCGUGAACGACCAAUACGCUGACGGCGUAGCCGCGAGGGUAUGGAAGAAAUUCAUCGGUGACCUCAACCAGCGCACACAAAACUACAAGGACUUCCUCAUUGGUCUGCUGAAGCAACAUGGCUGUAAGAAGGUGCUGGACAUCGCCUGCGGUACUGGAGUGGACUCCAUGAUGCUGGUCGAUGAAGGGUUCGAGGUGGUAUCCGUGGACGCGUCUGACAAGAUGUUGAAGUACGCGCUGAAAGCCCGUUGGGAGAAAAGGAAAAAUCCCAAAUACGACAAUUGGAUAAUAGAGGAAGCGAACUGGGAGACCCUCCCCCGGGACGUGGGUUCGUUCCUGCCGGGCGUGUUGUUCGACGCGGUGAUCUGCCUCGGCAACUCGUUCGCUCACCUGCUGGACGAGCACGGCGACCAGCGCGUGCAGCGGCACUGCCUCAGCAACUUCGAGCAGUGCCUCAAGCCCGGCGGCCUGCUCUUCAUCGACCACAGGAACUACGACCACAUGAUCGCUACCGGCAGCACACCCUCCAAAUCCAUUUAUUACAACUACCCGGUGAACUUCAAGACGUCAGUACUGGUGGUGAGUGGUAAGCCGGAGAUGGUCACCUUGGACUACUGCAUCGACGGCGACGAACAUAAUGAGAAGAGCGAGUUUCGCCUGUGCUACUAUCCACAUAGUCUGAAGAAGCUCACAAGCAUGUUGGACGAUGCGUUCGGUAAUAGAAGUAAACAUCACAUCUACGGUGACUUCAAGCCGCUUAGCGAAGUCUCUGAGCCCGCAUUCUACAUUCACGUCUUGGAAAAAGCAAAGUGAUGUUGCCUAUGAUCUACAUACAUACAAUGCAAGAAACAUGACACAAUUUAUUACCGCGUAUACAUGAUACCGCAAUAGUAUUUCUUCGCAUCUUGUUUUGUAUGCGAUAUUUAGAAUGUUUUUUUUACAAUGUAAAUUCUCUGUUACAUUGAGGUUACAAUAACGAGAUCUGAAUCCAGCCCUGCACCGCGAAAUCAUGGACAUUCCCGACACUUUUAUCGUAAAAUAGUUAUUUAAAAAAAUUGUAUAAUUGCAAUUUGUGAUUUUAAAAUAUUCAAAAAAAUUUACUGCAUUUUCAUUAUGGAUAAACUUACAUGAGAAUUUAUAUAAUUAUCCAAUACUUUCACUUUGUUAUUCUAUAUAGUUAAUUGUCCUAUCCUAGUCAAAUAAGAAUUGUUAUUUUGUUACUAAAUAAAAAUUACAUGAAAAAAAAAACAGAAUUUUUAUUUUAUCAUAAGAACCUUUGAGCAUUAACAAAUUCACCAUUUAGUUGUACAAGUUUCUGUAAUUGAUAUUGAGAUUACAAAUAACCAAAGUUUCGAUUUGACUUAAGAAAAUCUUUGUUUGGGAAAUAAAUAGAGGACCUACACCCUUGCUAAUACAGCUGAAUAAUCCAUCACCUACCAAGAAAUUUAAAAAAUGUUAAAUUUUAGGGUUUGUAAUUCUGAAUUUAGAUAUUAAGUAAAAUUUUAUAAAUAUAUGUGGUGGCUGUGACUGAAUUCUGAUAAACAUGUUUACUAGAUUUUUAAUUACAGCUUAUUUGAACUUCAUUUCUUUAAACAAAACCAGUUGAAAGUUAGAAGUCAAUGAAAAUUGACAGAUUUGAGCAGUCAUCUGCACUGCAAUAGGUCAUGGGUUUGAGGGCAUCUUAGAGUUCCAGGGCCAAAGUGGAUUUUUUAUCAUUUUUCAUUAAGAAUAGAUUAUUGUAAUCAAAUUUCAUAAAAAAUAUACUACAAAUAUGAGUGACAUCAAUAUAACACAGUAAUAUUAAAACAGGUUUGUAUAAAAUGGAAUAAUUUAUUUUAAAAAGAAAAAAUAAAAUGAAAAUUCAGAGAUAAUUAACUUAGAUACAGGCUUAUCUAUAGGCUAUAGUUAAACUAGAUACAAACUAGAGAUUUAUGAUCCGACAAUGAUGUUAUUGAUGGGGAUGUGUAUUAGCUUCACAAAGAAUCCAAUGAAACCCAUGAUGCAGAAACCAAUAGCCGUAGCAAUCGCAAUCUUCUGGACUUUUCUGUUGGGUUUAGUGCAUCUUCUGACUAAUCUGAUGGAAUCCUUUGCGAACUGCUUACCAGGCUCGACAAACUUCGCAAUUUGAUCCAUUUUCUGUAAGCGAACAAUAAAAAAUCAGGCCAAUUUUAGAGGAUCUGUUGAUUUAAUCAAAUAAUGGUUAUCAUUAAUAGCGUCACGCUUACAAUUUAAAAUUAUUGCCAACGAAACACUGUGCAAAUGAGAAUAAAAUAUGUGUUUGCCUAUCGAAAUCGUAGCAGAUCCAAUCGAAAAAGUAAAAAUGAUUUGACAGGUAUGGGAACGUCAUUCAGCCACGUCUUGAA